AUGAAUGUGCGAGAAAUGGACGUCGACGACUUCCCAACUUCUCCGGCUAAGCGCCAAAGGACAAACUCGCCAGAGGAAACCCACGACACAAGUCCAAUCCUCGAGGCGCAAUCUCCCUUUGGCGCUGAUGGCUGGCCAGACGGGCCACCGCAGCCACCGCGAGAUAUGACCCAGGUUUCGUCCACCACGAGAAAGUUUGAAGAAGCAGGCCCUGGAAAAGUAAAUCUGCUGCACCGUGCGACUCUCGAGAACCAAGAUUCAAAUGCCCUUCUGGAUGCAUUGAUGCUGCAGGUUGAAGCCGAAUCUAUUCCAAUGCUCAAAGGGCAAACCACCUCAAUUGACCCCGUGGUUAAUACCGGCGCGAGAGAAGCCACCGAAAACGGAGAUGUGGCCGGGAAAGAACUAGAGAAACGUAAAAGGGGGGGACAAGAGAUAGACGGAGACGAGGAACAAGACAAACCCGCAGGCGGUUCGGGGGAGGGGCCAUCACAGCCCCUGGAGGAAAACUCUGUUGCUGUCGGUGCAGACAACGAUCCAAUGGAUGCGACGAAUGGAGCCCCCAACAAUGUAGACACGAAUCCCACCAGUAAUUAUGUGAAGCAAGAGGAUAUUGCUGCUGUCAAACCGGACACUGACGACUUGACAUUCUCGACGGGAAAUACACGUGCCUUGGAAAAAGAGCCAUUGCGACCACGGGGGGAGAAUCUAGCGGCUGUUUCUACACGCGACGAUCGUAUGGAUAUAAUUGACGGAAUCGCAAAUGGUGCGAAUGAGAAUACCGCCGGUCAUCGCGAAGAACGAGGGGAUGCUACCGCCCUCCACCCAGACACCAAUACCUCGAUACCGACCGUGGCGAAUACGUCCAAUACAGCAGCUGCCUCCCCUGACCCGGAGUCGAUCACAGUGGACACAAUUCCUGCCAGGGAGACUCCGCCUCCUGAACCCGGUGCUGAAGGUGCUGAGUGUGAAGUGGACUCUUCACCCUACGAGUCCUCAACUGAUUCCGAUUCGUCCUCCGACACUACUUCCUCAGAGGAGAGUGAUGAAGAUGCUGAUGGAGACUAUGCCAUGUUGGACGCCGAAGCAACCGCUCGAAUACUCAUGCAAGGAGAUGGCGGAUCUGACGAUGAAGGAGGUCGAUUGCGAGACAAGACAGAUGGAGCUCCUUUGCGAACGGCCAAUGAACGAGCAGAAGAGAUCAUUCCCAAACCAGAUAUCACUGUCACCGAGGAGAUGAAAAUCGAAGAACUCGGAAACGUUGAAUUUGUGGUCGAAAGCACCGUGGUCAUAAAGGCCAAGACGUCGGGGGAAUAUCAAGUCCUGGAAGCCGGAUCCUUAAUCUGUCUCAAGGACCGAACGGUCGUGGGAGUGAUUGCCGACUUGAUAGGACGAGUGGAAGAACCCAGAUACACGGUCCGUUUCACCAACGACGACGAUAUCCAAGAGGCUGGCCUGUCCGCCGUCGGGACCACUGUCUUCUAUGUUCCAGAUCAUUCAACCUUUGUGUUUACCCAACCGCUGAAAAAUAUCAAGGGCAGCGAUGCAUCGAACUUCCACGACGAGGAAGUUGGUGAAGACGAAAUGGAAUUUUCGGACGACGAAGCCGAAGCCGAACAUAAGCGCCAAAUGAAAGCCAAGAGACAAGGAAGACUUUCGGAAAUGGGAAGAGGCCGAGGCGGUUCGAAGUUCAAUAGAGGAUCUCAUCGUGGUGGUCGGAGAGGAAGUCACAGUCACAUUAACAAUUCUGAGGGUGCCGCGUACGGGAAUGGCUCGCUGGAAAUGAACUACGAUGAUGUCGCCGACACAGGCGGUGACGACGAGUACACCCCCUUGCAACGGCCAGCGAAUCUCGUGGAAAUGAUCGCCAAGGGAGAACAAUCUCAGGAGCAUGGUAAUGGUUUGAGACACCCGCUGCCACUACCGCCUCCAUCACCACAGAUUGGCAGAGGCGACUUCGGUGGACGAGGAAGAGGCCACGGCCGAGGAGGCAGAGGAGGAUAUCGUCCUCAUCGUGGUGCUGGAGGCAGUCUCAAUCAACAUCGAGCACCACCCUUCAACAACCACAACGAUUCCACCAGCACUCAUCCAAACGGCUUCCCGAGGAAAGAUCGCUCCACCGCACUCACGCCCAAUCUCAAUCUCCCUCCCACCCCGUCAAUAACACCACAUAAUAUAACAUAUCCACCGGUGACGCCUUCCCCUAUUACGCCACUGCCUUACGUCCCAUAUAGCUUUGGCGGGUUCCAGCCUUCAUCGGCGUUCCCCUUUAUGCCGCAAUCCAUCACUAAUGCACCACCGUCAGCCGGUUUUCCCGACUUUCACGCUCAGCAACUGCAACAACAGCAGCAGCAGAUCGGGCACCAACCCCAGCAGAAUCAAAAUCAAAUUCCGCCGCCGCCGAAUGGAUCGGCCCCACCAAACCCCUUCGGCUCCGGGCCCUGGGCUAGUAAUCCGGCGGUGGCGGCGGCGUUACAGCGGCAAGUGGAGGAAAAGAGAAGAAGUCAAGGGCCGUGA